AUGUCUAAUAGGAAAGACAAGACAUCAACAGCGAGAGAAGGGUCGAAGGGAAGAAGCAAAAAAGAAAAAAAGAAACGCGCCCUCCACCACUACUAUCCAUCCGCUCGUCAUCCUCUCUCAUACAUUCUAUCCUUCCAUCAUCUCCUCCAUCAUCCCAUUCGCCCUCGUCCUCCCCACCCUUUUCUUCCUCCUCCCCCUCCGCCCAUCGUGAACACACAGUUCCCCCUCGAGAUGUAUACAACCUCCGCGCCCGCCCAGGUUAACGGCGGCAGCGGCAUGGGCAACAACCGCGUCGACUCCGGGACUAUCAACCCCGCGGAUCUCAACUCUCCUAUCUCCCUUCCAUCUACUGUGCUUGCUACAGAUCUCACCGCGGACGCGACUGGCUCCCGCGGCAUCAAGCGCAGCCGUUCAGAAGACCAGUAUGGCGAACAGCUCGCCGACCCAGAUGUCGAAGAUGGUGAGUUUUUAAUCUUUGGGCGGAUGAAAGACUUCGCUGAAGUCCGACUUUUCCUCAUUUUCUUUGAAAUCGCCUUGUCGCCUACCCAAACCUUAGCGCGCAAAAGAGGGCGACCCCCAAAAGCCACCCGCCCGCCGAGCACCUCCACCACCAUUACCGCCAGCCAUAACAACAUCAGCACAAACGCCAACAUCAGCAGCAACAACACCAGUAUCAGCAACAACACGCCCAUUGUUGCUACGACGAUAACGACAACUGCAGCGGCCAUGGCGUCCUCGCAGUCUCCCCUACAGACGCCCAGGAUAGCCCCAGAUAUCGCCCUUCAGUCGUCUCCGCCCAAGGCUACGCCGACAAAGUCCGUUCUCAAAGCCCUGCCCACAGUCAGAGACCACACGACCGACCAGCUAGGGGAAGAUGGCGAUGAGUAUAUCCCCAAGGAGUUCGAUGCCAACGGCGAGAAGAAAGUCGACGGGCUAGGUUAUCUGCAGGAUACCCGCACCUACAAGUGUCGCACCUUUCGCCUCGCAAAUCGCGGCAACAAGCUCUUCAUGCUGGCUACGGAGUGUGCGCGCGUGCUAGGCUACCGCGAUUCUUACCUCCUCUUCAACAAGAAUAGAUCCCUAUUCAAAAUUAUCGCCAACCAGGCUGAAAAGGACGAUUUGAUCGCGCAGGACAUCCUGCCGUACUCGUACCGCUCGCGCCAGAUUGCCAUAGUUACCGCUCGUUCCAUGUUCCGCCAGUUCGGCAGUAGAGUCAUAGUUAACGGCCGACGCGUGCGCGAUGAUUACUGGGAAAGCAAGGCUAUCAAACAAGGAUUUACAGAAGAAGACAUGGCUGGCGAGAAACGUCCUGGAGCAGGAAAGGCACGCGAAGCUGCCGCCGCCGAAGCUGCCGCUUCGAUGAAUGCCAUACCCUCUUUGGGUCAUAACGAUGUUAUCUACACCAACACCUCGACCGAUGCACACGGCCUGCCAUCGACGCUAUCCCAUCCCGCUUCACUUGCUCCCCUCCCUAUGAUCAACCCCGCCCCGUCCGACGAUCCGCGUCUUCGCGAAUACAGCAGUCUUCCACGCCCUAGGCAAGACCUAGGUGGUCAACCCUACCAGGACCGCUCCGUCCCUAGUGCUGCCGCCGAUAUUGUUAACCAGGCGUCGCAUACGGCAGAGUUUAGCAAGAUACUUAACCAGCAGCGCAGUUUCCGCGCGAAGGGCUUGGAAGACCACUGGAAUAGACCGCGCGAGAUCCCAAUAUCAGAUGCGAAUGUCCAACCUCUUCCGUCAUCCACUGCUGGCAGCCAACUUAGCAACACGAAUUUGCAAUCCCCCCAACUCAGCUCCUCCGGCAUGAUGUCGUCCCUACAGCCACAACCAAUGCUGCAACAGCCACAGACCGUCAUGACACCUCAUACAUCAUACUCACCUGCUCUUCACCAUCAGCAGCAGCAGCCCCAGCACCACCAGCAACCCCAGCACCAGCAACCGUCCAUGUCACCUCCUCUUCGCACCAUGCAGCAGCAGCAAGGACAUCACCGCUCUCCAAACAAUCCCAUGUCGCUUCCCCUCUCCUCCACUCCCGUCUCUCUCCCAGUCUCAUCUCAGUCGUCGUUAUAUACAUACCCGCAGCAGCAGUUCUGGGGAGCACCGCCGCAGCAACCACUCCCACAUCAGCAGCAGCAGCAGCACCAUCCGUCUCAACAAUCACCGUCUCACACACAACAUCAACCUCAACACCAUCAAUCGCUCGGAAUGCAGCAUCCACAGUAUGCAUCUCCUCUGCAUAACCAACACCACCCACAUCACCCCUCACAAUCGCCAGGCCAACGGCAGCUUGCCUCUCCACAACUGCAGCCGCAACCGCAACCCCAUCCACAGCAGCCAGGAAUGAAUUCUAUGGCCUAUCCGGGUGUUGUCAAUGCCGCGUAUUCCAUGGCGGGACCAGGUGCGGCCGCUGGGGCAAGAAUGUACACUUCCCCAGGCAUGAUACAACAACCUUUCGGGAUGGGCGUUGGAGGUGUCAGUGCCGGUGGUGCAGGCAUGAUGCCAGCUGUAUCCGCAGGCACUGGCGCUAGUCUACCUUGGUCACCAACAGGACCACAAGGACAAGGCCAGGCAGGCCCGCAGGGAGCACACGGUUCAUGGCCCGGGACUUACUAG